UUUUUCAACACUGCAAAACAGCUGGCAGUGUCUUGGACGUGCGCGUUGCGUUCUGGCGAAAACGUUGGUCAAUGAAAUAAACUUUGUAAUUUUACAUUUUUACAAUGGAGGAAUUGCAGAAGCUCGAGUACCUAUCGCUGGUAUCAAAGAUCUGCACAGAGCUGGACAACCAUUUGGGCAUCAACGACAAGGAUUUGGCCGAAUUUAUUAUAGAUUUGGAAAACAAACACCGUACAUAUGAUGCAUUUCGGAAGGCUCUGUUGGAAAAUGGAGCAGAGUUCCCAGAUUCUUUGGUGCAGAACUUGCAACGCAUAAUCAAUUUAAUGCGGCCGAGCCGCGUAGGUGCCGAUAAUAUCAAGGACGCAUGCACCAGUGGCGACCUAAAAAAUGACAAAAAAUCGCAACUAAUGAAAAUGUUUCCUGGCCUCGCUUUGCCAAACGAUAAAUUUAGCCAGAACGCGGAAAGUGACGGUGAAGAUGCUGUUAAGGAUGACAGCGAAUCCAAAUGUAAAUCGAAUAUUAAAAAGUCUGAUAUAAGCGAUGUGGAUGCGGCCAUGUUAGAGUUAGAGGCCAUGGCGCCUGGUGACAAGAAGCCGGUGAAAGACGAAAAGGACAGCCGACGAAAAAAUCGCUCCAGCUCCAGAGAACGCCAAAAAGAAAGAGAGCGCGAUCGACGACGGUCAAGGGAUCGCAGCCGACGCUCUAGAUCGCGAGAAGAUCGGCGAAGACAACGCUCCCCUUCACGUGAGGAUCGGCGAAGACAGCGGUCCUCUUCACGGGAGGUUCGCCGAAGGCGGCGAUCCACUUCACGAGAGGAUCGGCGAAGGCGGCGCUCAUCUUCACGAGACCGACAGGAACGUCGCCGACGAAGCCGCUCAAGAUCUGCAGAACGAAGCAGCAGCCGGCGACAUGGUAGCCGUCGCUCUCGUAGUCACUCCAACGAUCGGGGCAGUAAUCGACGACACGAAAAGAUGCCACCGCCUUCCGCUGUAAUGGCAGAUGAUCCUGAUGCGGGUAAAAUCUAUUCCGGAAAAGUAGCCAAUAUUGUUCCAUUUGGCUGCUUUGUGCAGCUCUUCGGUUUACGCAAACGGUGGGAAGGAUUGGUGCACAUAUCCCAGUUGCGGGCCGAGGGUCGUGUCACUGACGUCACAGAAGUAGUAAGUCGCAAUCAAACGGUUAAAGUAAAGGUGAUGUCCAUCACUGGUCAGAAGGUCUCACUAUCUAUGAAAGAGGUUGAUCAGGAAAGUGGUCGCGACUUAAAUCCUUUGUCACACGUGCCCGACGACGAUAUCUCGUUAAAAGAUCGCAACCCUGAUGGACCUUUCAACAGCAGUACCUCGUUUCUUAAUUUGCAAGGCAAUAACAUUGAUGGCGAUGAGCAUGAGUCACGAAAGCGCGUUACGCGCAUUUCCAGUCCUGAACGCUGGGAGAUCAAGCAAAUGAUUAGCUCUGGAGUCCUAGAUCGCAGUGAAAUGCCCGAUUUUGAUGAGGAGACUGGCCUUCUGCCCAAGGAUGAGGAUGACGAAGCCGAUAUUGAGAUUGAAAUUGUGGAGGAGGAGCCACCAUUUUUGGCCGGGCAUGGUCGCGCCCUACACGAUCUCUCUCCUGUGCGUAUAGUUAAGAAUCCUGACGGUUCGCUUGCACAGGCGGCCAUGAUGCAGUCGGCUUUGUCAAAGGAGCGACGUGAGCAGAAGAUGUUGCAACGCGAACAGGAAAUGGAAGCGAUGCCCACAAGUCUCAACAAGAACUGGAUAGAUCCACUACCCGAAGAUGAUUCCGCCCGCCAUCUGGCGGCCAAUAUGCGAGGCAUGGGCGCAGCUCCACAAGAAGUGCCCGAAUGGAAGAAGCACGUCAUUGGUGGCAAGAAAUCAUCUUUUGGCAAAAAAACGGAUUUAACUCUCGUCGAGCAACGCCAAUCCCUUCCCAUCUACAAGCUGCGUGAUGAUCUUAUCAAGGCAGUAACAGAUAAUCAAAUACUCAUUGUCAUUGGAGAGACAGGUUCCGGAAAGACGACGCAAAUCACUCAGUAUUUAGGGGAGUGUGGCCUCACAGCACGUGGCAAGAUUGGAUGUACACAACCACGUCGUGUGGCUGCCAUGUCGGUGGCCAAACGAGUCGCUGAUGAAUAUGGCUGCCGUUUGGGUCAGGAAGUGGGAUAUACGAUACGUUUCGAGGAUUGCACCAGCCCAGAGACGGUCAUCAAAUACAUGACUGAUGGUAUGUUGUUGCGUGAAUGCCUCAUGGAGUCGGACCUAAAGACGUAUUCGGUGAUUAUGUUGGACGAAGCACAUGAACGCACCAUACACACUGAUGUCCUAUUUGGGUUACUAAAAACGGCAGUCCAGAAGCGACCGGAAUUAAAAUUGAUUGUCACCUCUGCAACCUUAGAUGCAGUGAAGUUCUCACAGUAUUUCUUUGAGGCCCCAAUUUUCACAAUACCCGGCCGCACAUUUCCCGUCGAGGUGCUGUACACGAAGGAGCCAGAGACGGAUUAUUUGGAUGCCUCGCUCAUUACGGUUAUGCAAAUUCAUUUGCGUGAACCGCCUGGCGAUAUUCUUCUCUUCCUUACCGGUCAGGAGGAGAUUGACACCGCCUGUGAAAUUUUAUACGAGCGUAUGAAGAGUUUAGGGCCGGAUGUGCCCGAGCUAAUUAUAUUGCCCGUCUACUCGGCGCUGCCAUCGGAAAUGCAGACCAGAAUUUUUGACCCUGCUCCUGCAGGCAGUCGCAAAGUGGUGAUAGCCACAAAUAUUGCUGAAACCUCGCUUACUAUUGAUGGUAUUUUCUAUGUGGUGGAUCCGGGAUUUGUUAAGCAGAAAGUGUACAACUCUAAAACAGGCAUGGACUCGCUGGUGGUCACACCCAUCUCUCAAGCGGCGGCCAAACAGCGUGCAGGACGAGCCGGUCGGACAGGGCCAGGCAAGUGCUAUCGCCUCUAUACGGAGCGAGCUUAUCGUGAUGAAAUGCUUCCAACGCCUGUUCCUGAGAUCCAACGCACAAACUUGGCCACAACGGUGUUACAACUAAAAACCAUGGGCAUUAAUGAUUUGCUCCAUUUCGAUUUCAUGGAUGCACCACCUGUGGAAUCAUUGGUCAUGGCACUUGAGCAAUUGCACUCUCUGUCCGCUCUUGAUGAUGAGGGUCUGUUAACGCGACUGGGUCGACGUAUGGCAGAAUUCCCUCUGGAGCCAAAUCUCUCGAAGAUGCUGAUCAUGUCCGUGGCGCUGCAAUGCUCCGAUGAGAUACUGACCAUAGUAUCUAUGCUCAGUGUACAGAAUGUGUUCUACAGGCCGAAGGAUAAGCAGGCGCUGGCUGAUCAGAAAAAGGCAAAGUUCAAUCAGGCAGAAGGUGAUCAUUUAACGUUGCUGGCCGUCUACAACAGCUGGAAGAACAACAAGUUCUCCAAUGCCUGGUGCUAUGAAAAUUUUGUGCAAAUACGCACGCUCAAACGGUCGCAGGAUGUGCGGAAGCAGCUUCUUGGAAUUAUGGAUCGCCAUAAAUUGGACGUGGUAUCUGCUGGCAAGAAUUCGGUGCGCAUUCAGAAGGCCAUCUGCUCAGGAUUCUUUCGCAAUGCUGCCAAAAAAGAUCCUCAGGAGGGUUAUCGCACAUUGGUCGACUCGCAAGUGGUUUACAUUCAUCCAUCGAGCGCGCUAUUCAAUCGCCAGCCUGAAUGGGUCGUCUAUCACGAACUGGUGCAAACAACCAAGGAGUAUAUGCGCGAGGUGACUACAAUCGAUCCCAAGUGGCUGGUUGAAUUCGCUCCAUCAUUUUUCCGGUUCUCCGACCCCACCAAGCUGAGCAAAUUCAAGAAGAAUCAACGUCUGGAGCCGUUGUAUAAUAAAUACGAGGAACCAAACGCUUGGCGUAUAUCGCGUGUGAGAAGACGCAGAAAUUAGAUCAUAUUUUACUUAGUUUUUGCAUUUUGUAUUUUAAUCACUAGGUUAUUAAAAGUAAGUUAAAAGUUA